UAAACGUGAAAUUGAAGUUCUUAAGAUGGUCAGUGGCAGUGGAUCAAGUGGCGACACAUUCAAGUUGGCGAUAUUGUUAAGGUCCAUAACAACAAGUUCUUCCCUGCAGAUCUGGUCUUAUUAGCAUCCAGUGAACCCCAGGCGCUAUGCUAUGUUGAAACUGCCAACCUAGAUGGCGAAACCAACCUGAAAAUUCGUCAAGGCCUACCCCAGACAGCGCACCUCUUGGAGGCUCGAGAUCUUAUGAAUUUAUCAGGCAAAGUUGAAUGUGAAGCACCUAAUAGAUUUCUUCACCAGUUUACUGGCAACCUGAAGGAGCUAAGUCGGCCAGCCAUUCCUUUGAGCCCAGACCAAGUGCUGCUGCGUGGAGCUAAAUUACAAAAUACCAACUGGGUGUUUGGCCUGGUGGUGUAUACAGGACAUGAGACCAAACUGAUGAAAAACUCUGCAACUUCAGCACCUCUUAAACGUUCAACGGUGGACAAGCAAACUAACAAUCUCAUCAUCCUACUGUUCUUCUUGCUGAUUGUUCUUUGCCUCAUCAUGGCUGUGUUUAACUCACAGUGGAAUGCUAACCUGCACUGGUAUCUCUCCCUUGAUGAUCUGAGUGUGUUCAACUUGGCAUUAAUUCAUCACAUUUAUCAUCCUCUUCAACAAUCUUAUUCCCAUCUCUCCCCAAGUGUUCACUAG